AUGGAGGGGAUUCUCGACUUCUCCAAAGAUCUCGAUCUCGACUUGUUCGAUAAAGUCGUAGAAACUUUUUACAAGAGUGGCCCUGAUCAACGACAAGCACAGCUUGUGCUCAACCAGUUCCAGGAGAACCCUGACUCGUGGAAGCGUGCUGAUGCUAUUCUUUCUCUGUCGAAGAAUGCCCAGUCCAAGUACAUUGCAUUGUCAUGCUUGAACAAGUUGAUUCAGUACAGAUGGAAGACGAUUCCUGAGACUGAGAGAGUGGGUAUCAGAAACUUUAUUGUGGAUAUGAUCAUUGCCUUGUGUGAUGAUGAACAGAUUUUCAAGAGUGAGAGAGCACUUAUCAACAAGAUCGAUUUGACCUUGGUGUCUGUGUUGAAGCAAGAAUGGCCUCACAACUGGCCACAGUUUAUUCCUGAGAUUGUCAUGAGCUCUAGAUCCUCAUUUAAUGUUUGUGAGAACAACAUGAUCAUCUUGAAGUUGAUGAGUGAGGAGGUGUUCGACUUCUCUCAGGAGUCCAUGACCCAGGCUAAAGCCAACAACUUAAAAUUGAGCUUGAAGGCCGAGUUCGAGCAGAUCUUCAAGUUGUGUUACGAAAUUUUAGACAAGACUAACAAGGUCUCCUUGAUCGUUGCUACCCUUAAUGCCCUUUUAAGGUACAUCCACUGGAUUCCUUUAAACUACAUCUUUGAAACUGACCUUUUACACUUGUUGACCAACAAAUUCUUGGCUCCAGCCGAUACAAGAGCCAUCACCCUCAAGUGUUUGACCGAAGUGUCCAGUUUAGUUUCUCCUGCUAACGAGGAGAAGUUUGUAUCUUUCUUCCAGGCUUCUAUGGAGAAGAUUGUCACCAUUGUUCCUUUAAACACUGGUACGAGUCUCAAGAAGUCUUACCUGGUUGCUAACUCUGACGACCAGUCUUUCUUGCAAGAUUUGGCUAUGUUCUUAUGCACGUUUUUGCAUAACCACCUUCUGGCUCUAGAACUGGCCGAUGGCUUGAAGGAGCUACUUCUCAUCUCCUUGGAGUACUUAAUUGAACUUUCCAGAAUCGAAGAGCGUGAGUUGUUCAAGACGUGUUUGGAUUUCUGGACUGGCUUCGUCCAAGGUUUGUUCGAAGAAAUCCAAAACUUGCCUGCUAAUGAGUUGAGUCCAUUGAUGCAACUUUCAUAUGGCUCUUCUUUGCGUCCUUCUUCCAACGGUGCUCCAGACCCAGCAGUCUUGGCCAAGUUCCCAUUGAGACAGCACAAAUAUGCAAGCAUCCUCUCGAAAUUGAGGUUAGUCAUUAUUGAGAACAUGGUCAGACCAGAGGAAGUCUUGAUUGUUGAAAACGAUGAGGGCGAAAUUGUUAGAGAAUUCGUCAAAGAGAGUGAUACUAUUCAAUUGUACAAGUCUAUGAGAGAAGUUCUUGUGUACUUGACGCAUUCAGAUGUCGUUGACACACAGAACAUCAUGGAAGAGAAGCUCGCAAGACAGAUCGACGAGAGUGAGUGGUCGUGGCAAAACAUCAAUACCUUAUGUUGGGCCAUUGGUUCUAUUUCUGGUACGAUGAACGAGGACAUGGAAAAGCGUUUCCUUGUUGGCGUCAUCAAGGAUUUGUUGUCUUUGACUGAUUUAAAGAGAGGCAAGGACAACAAGGCCGUCGUCGCAUCUAAUAUCAUGUACAUUGUUGGCCAAUACCCCAGGUUCUUGAAGGCUCAUUGGAAGUUCUUGAAGACCGUUGUCAACAAGUUGUUUGAGUUUAUGCACGAGUCUCACGAGGGUGUCCAAGAUAUGGCGUGUGAUACCUUCAUCAAGAUUACAACUAAAUGUAAGAGACAUUUCGUCGUUACCCAACCGGCUGAGUCGGAGCCAUUUAUUGUUGAGAUUAUCCGCAACAUUCAAUCCAUCACCGAAGAUUUGCUGCCCCAGCAGGUGCAUACUUUCUACGAAGCCUGCGGUAUCAUUGUCAGCGCACAGACCCAAAAGGACGCUCGUGACAAGCUUUUAGGAGACUUAAUGUCCUUGCCAAACGUUGCAUGGAAGGCUAUUGUCGAAAGAGCUGCCCAAGACUCCACUUUGUUGGUGGACAGUGAGAAUGUCAAGAUCAUCGCCAAUAUCAUCAAGACUAAUGUGGCUGUAUGUAAGGCUAUGGGUCCAGGAUUCUAUUCUCAACUUGGUUUGAUGUAUGUUGAUAUGUUGUCAUUGUACAAGGCUGUCAGUGAAAUGAUCUCCAACUUGGUUGCAUCUGAAGGUGUCAUUGCUACAAAGACUCCUAAGGUUAGAGGUUUGAGAACCAUCAAAAAGGAGAUUUUGAAGAUGAUUGAAACGUACAUCAACCAGGCGGACAACUUGGAUGAGAUUGUCCGUGAUCUCUCGCAACCUUUGUUCUCUGCUGUUUUGGGAGACUACAAAUCUAACGUUCCAGAUGCUCGUGAUGCUGAAGUGUUGAACUGUAUGACUGCAUUGGUCUCUAAGGUUGGCCACAUGAUUCCAUCCGGUGUCUUUCUCAUACUUCAAAAUGUCUUUGAAUGCACCCUUGACAUGAUCAAGAAUGAUUUUGUCGAAUAUCCUGAGCAUAGAGUUGAGUACUACAAGUUGUUGAAGGAGAUCAAUUCUAAAUGUUUUGAAGCUUUGUUGCAACUUUCAGGUGAGGCUUUCCAGUUGUUGAUCAAUGCCUCUCUCUGGGCUUUAAGACACAACAACAGGGAGGUCGAAGAGAACGGUUUGUCGUUGACCAUUGAGUUGAUUGAGAACGUUGAGAAACUUGGAAGUACUCCUUUCACCAAGGUUUUCUACGAGAACUUUUACUUCCAAAUUCUUUCAGACACCUUCUACGUGUUGACGCAACCAGACCACAAAUCUGGUUUCAACUACCAGGCACAACUCCUCGCACAACUACUUCACCUCGUUGAAGAUGGUGUUAUCAAGGAACCCUUGUAUCCACCAGGACAAGCCGCUGAGGGAACUACCAACUCUCAGUACCUCAAGGAAUACUUGGGUAACUCGUUAUCAUCUGCAUUCGAAAACUUGCAAAGAGAUCAGCUCGUGAACUUCUUGAAUGUGUUGACUGGCGUAUACAAAGACCUAGACAAGUUCAAGGGUACGUUAAGAGAUUUCCUUGUUCAGAUCAAGGAAUUCGGUGGAGACGCCACAGACUACCUUUACGCUGAAGACAAGGAGCUCGAGAAGCAGGAACAGAACAGAAUCAAGAGAGAGAAGGAUCUCAAGGUUGCCGGAUUGAUCAAGCCAUCCGAAAUGGACGACUAA